CUCUCUAUCUUUUUAUUUUUAUUUUUAUUUUUAUGUUUUUUCUUUGAAGCCUUUUAACAAAAAUAAAAACAUCCUCACAACCUCAAGAUCCGAUCAGAUCCGUUCAAAUCCUCAUUUCCUCUCUUUCUCUCUCUAAACCCUCUCUCUGCCAUUUCUAUGUUUAUGCAUGUCCAUACCGGCCGAUUCUUUCUUCCUCGUGCCCUAAAAGCGCAAAAUUCAACCCCGAUUCCGUUGUCCGGCGGCCAAGUUCGUCUUCAAUUUCACUUAAAUUUAGGCCUUUUAAAGUAAUUUUGAUGUGGAUCGUGACCUAGGGUUCGUAAAGGUACUGCCUUUACCUUCAAUUGCAUGAAGAUUUGGUGCUGUCUAUGCUUCACUUUCGAAGACGAAGAGGAACCUUUGAAGGCUAAUAACGUGCAGAAUAAAGCCAUGAGAGAGGGCGUUUUCGAGAAUGACAGCAAUCCUGAGAGCAACAUUGGGAAUAACACGGAGGAAGCGGAAGAGGCUGCGGCUACGAGAUUAGCGCUUGCAUUGACUGAUACUAGGCGGGAGCGUGAUGAUCAGGACCCGUUGAGGUUGUUUGAGGAGAUGAUUAGAGCGAUGCGUGGUGGUGGUGCUACCAAUUGGGACGAGGGAGCACCCGCUUUAGAUGAUGUCGUACACGUGGUUACUCCACUUGCGUCGAGAAAGACUGGGGUUCGUUGCUCCUGGCGGGCCCAGGGAGAGAGUAGCAGUUCCACGGCAGCAUCUGCGGCGCCUGUGACAGGGAGUGGUAGUGAGGAUUGUGAUCGGGACAUGCAUAAUAAGCGGGCCAAAGUUUACUCCGGUUCUGAUGCUUGUCAUUAUGGAAUGGCUACUUCUUCAGAUGCUGGCAAUUCUAAUUCAUCAGCUGAUAGAGAUUUUAGUUUAAUUCAAAGCUCUUCUAUUCUGUCAAAGAAUGAAAUUUUUUAUCAUAAUUUCAUGUGGAAUAACAGCAGUGAUGAGAAUCUCUGCGAUUCUGGUGGUGGGAGAGAUGAUGGAGAUGACAGUGGUACUUCUAAGACAGAGGAUCUAGAAGUUCGGAUGGAUCUUACGGAUGAUUUAUUGCAUAUGGUAUUUUCUUUCUUGGACCACAAUAAUCUUUGUCGAGCUGCAAUGGUUUGUAGGCAGUGGCGAGCAGCAAGUGCUCAUGAAGAUUUCUGGAGGUUCUUGAAUUUUGAGAAUCGAAGCGUGUCUGUAGAACAAUUUGAAGACAUGUGCCGGCGAUACCCAAAUGCUACUGAAGUGAAUAUUUAUGGUACUCCCAAUAUUCACUUGCUUGUUAUGAAAGCUGUCUCUUCUUUAAGAAAUCUUGAGGUUUUAACUUUGGGAAGAGGACUACUAGGGGAUCCUUUUUUCCAUGCCUUAUCAGAUUGUAGCAUGUUGAAAAGUUUGAAUGUCAAUGAUGCUACUCUGGGUAAUGGUGUUCAGGAGAUCCCUAUAAACCAUGAUAGGUUGCGUCAUCUUCAACUUACAAAAUGCCGUGUGGUCAGGAUAUCUGUCAGGUGUCCGCAACUUGAAACUUUGUCUUUGAAGCGCAGCAACAUGGCACAAGCAUUGCUCAUUUGUCCUCUCUUGCGUCUCCUUGAUAUAGGGUCAUGCCACAAACUUUCAGAUGCUGCGAUCCGUUCUGCAGCAACUUCAUGUCCUCAACUGGAAUUUUUAGACAUGUCGAAUUGUUCAUGUGUCAGUGAUGAAACACUACGUGAAAUAGCCCUCACUUGUGCUAAUCUCCACGUUCUUAAUGCAUCAUAUUGUCCAAACAUAUCACUUGAGUCUGUCAGACUGCCCCUGUUGACAGUUCUCAAGCUUCACAGCUGCGAGGGAAUAACUUCAGCUUCAAUGGCUGCAAUUUCUCAUAGUUAUAUGUUGGAGGUUUUGGAGCUUGACAAUUGCAGCUUACUGACUUCUGUGUCUUUAGAUCUUCCUCGCCUCCAGAACAUACGACUAGUACAUUGUCGCAAGUUUGCUGAUCUGAACUUACGAAGUGUAAUGUUGUCAUCUAUAAUGGUGUCAAAUUGCCCAGCACUUCAUCGCAUUAAUAUAAUGUCGAAUUCACUUCAAAAGCUAGCGUUGCAGAAACAGGAAAACCUAACAACAUUGACAUUACAAUGCCAAUAUUUACAAGAAGUAGACCUCACAGAUUGUGAAUCUCUGACAAAUUCUGUUUGUGAAGUUUUCAGUGAUGGCGGGGGAUGCCCUAUGCUAAAAUCAUUGGUUCUUGAUAAUUGUGAGAGCUUGACAGCUGUGCAAUUCUGCAGUACCUCUUUAGUCAGUCUUUCCCUAGUGGGUUGUCGAGCCAUUACUGCUCUUGAACUAACGGGUCCUUGUCUUGAGAAAGUUUGUUUGGAUGGUUGUGAUCAUCUUGAGAGAGCAUCAUUUUCUCUUGUUGCUCUUAGGUCACUUAAUUUGGGCAUUUGUCCAAAAUUGAAUGUCCUUAAUAUAGAAGCACCAUAUAUGGUGUCACUUGAGUUGAAAGGAUGUGGUGUGCUAUCUGAAGCAACCAUCAAUUGUCCUCUCCUAACAUCUCUGGACGCUUCCUUCUGCAGCCAACUCAAGGAUGACUGCUUGUCUGCAACAACUAAAUCUUGCCCACUCAUUGAGUCUUUAAUACUGAUGUCUUGCCCUUCUGUUGGUUCUGAUGGACUUUACUCUUUGCACCGGCUUCCAAAUCUUACUGUGCUAGAUUUGUCGUAUACUUUCUUGAUGAAUCUCCAGCCAGUUUUUGAGUCUUGUUUGCAGCUAAAGGUACUGAAGUUGCAAGCUUGCAAGUAUCUCACCGACACAUCAUUGGAGCCUCUUUACAAGGAAGGUGCUCUGCCAGUGCUUCAAGAGUUGGACUUAUCUUAUGGGACCCUCUGUCAGUCUGCAAUAGAGGAGCUUCUUGCAUGCUGUACACAUCUCACUCAUUUGAGCCUGAAUGGCUGUAUGAAUAUGCAUGACCUAAAUUGGGGAUGCAAUGGAGGUCAACUUUCUGAUUUGCCACGUGUGUAUGAUUCAUGUGCCCUUUCUAAUGAAGCAAUUGUGCCGAUUGAUCAGGCAAACCGAUUGCUACAAAACCUCAAUUGUGUAGGUUGUUCGAACAUUAGAAAAGUUCUCAUUCCACCAAUGGCACGAUGUUUCCAUUUGUCAUCACUAAACCUGUCAUUAUCUACCAAUUUGAAGGAAGUUGAUGUUGCUUGUCUUAGUUUAUGUGUUCUUAAUUUGAGUAAUUGUUCCUCUUUGGAGAUAUUGAAGCUAGAGUGCCCUAGAUUGACCAGUUUAUUUCUUCAGUCUUGUAAUAUUGACGAGGAUGAUGUUGAAAUUGCCAUAUCUCGAUGUAGCAUGCUGGAGACUUUAGAUGUGCGUUUUUGUCCAAAGAUAUGCUCAAUAAGCAUGGGAAGAUAUCGUGCAGCAUGUCCAAGUUUGAAGCGAGUCUUUAGCAGCUUGUCGCCUUCAUGAUGUGAAUAAAGAGAUUUACUUGAAUUUUUUGCGGUGGUGAUUCACUUUGAGGUGAAGCGGCAACGUUAUUUUUGUGUGCUAUCCUCUGGUUUUUUACUUGCUAUAUUGUAAAUGUCCUACCGUCAUGAUGAUGUCUGUUUGAGUACAUAGGCACUUUGAUGUAGCAGCUUCCGUAUUGUAACAAAACAAUAAAUAAUCUUUGUUUUCACUAUUAUUGCUUGUGUAUAAUAUAUUUAAGAUUUGUAGGAAAUUCUGUAGUUGCUCCUUACAUUUUCUAUGUAUUUGGUUAUAAAACUGCAUGUUUUUGCUA